AAGGAGAAGAAUGCUAUAACGGAUGCAACAUUAAGAUGGCCAAAAGGAGUCGUUCCUUACAUACUGCAUUCAACAUACAGUAGUAAAGAAAAGAAAUUAAUAAUAAAUGCUAUGAAAGAAAUGGAAAACAUGACGUGUUUGCGUUUUGUUGAAAGAAAAGAAGAAAUAGAUUAUGUUGGCAUCUAUUCUGGCAAUGGUUGCUAUUCAGAAUUGGGUCGAAAUGGAGGUUUACAACUUUUAUCUUUAGAAGCUCCAACUUGCUUAACUAAAGGAGUUAUAAAGCACGAAUUGAUGCAUGCUUUAGGAUUUUUGCACGAACACACAAGAUUUGAUCGUGACGAAUUUAUCAUUGUUCAUUGGGAUAACAUAAUCAACGAUUACAUGAAAAUGAAUUUCGUUAAGCUUCCUUAUCAUAAAAUGAAUUACUUAGAAGAAGAAUAUGAUUAUCUUUCCAUUAUGCAUUAUACUGCAUGGUCAUUUGCCAAAGACAAAUCUCACCCAACUCUAACUCCUACCCGUCCUGGAUUCACUCAUAAAAGUUUAGGAAUUGGACAAGUAACUGGUGAACUUUCAGCAGUGGANUUAAAAUAUAAUUGA